AUGGUGCUCUACAAGCGCAACCCCGUCCAGUACGCAAGAGAUAACCCAGAUAAAUUGCCCUUGAACGCGCUCGUCUGGGAGAUUCGGGAGACGCGUGAGGUGUUCGCAGACUAUGAAGCAUUUCUGAAGCGCCUCAGUUUCUACGAGCAGCAUCAGUUUACCUGUGAAUUGACUGGGCGACAAAAUUUACCCUUCAAGAUUGCCAUGCAGUCAGAAGUGCAAGGGUCAACUGGCAUCGACAAUAGCUUCCCUGAAGCCCUCAAAGAGCCUCUACUUCGCAGGCUCAAUCUUCACACAGAUGGUCGUUUGGAGCAUCUCGUCGACCUCGCAUUUGAGGCUUAUAAGGCAGAAUAUUUUCCAGGAGAAAUACUCAUUUACACGGAACCCAACACGGCUCGACGCUUUGCUGCUCAUGUGCGCGAGAAGACCAUGCUUGCUGAAAUGACCAUGCCCAAUGGUCAGCAACGGCAGGCCGCGUCCCGAUACACUGUGGAGCUAGAGGACUACUAUAAUGGAAGAUCAAACGCAACGACCAUUGAUGGAAGCACUCUCGCACGCGAAAGAGGGACUUUUACGAAAGCCAUCUUACGAGCAUUUAUCAAGAAUGCCUUCAGAAAGGAUAACUGGCAGGGCGCCCCUUGGGUCGUCCGCAGUCAUUAUGCUGAGCGGUACAAGAUUGACACAACGAUACCGCCGCAUCUACAAAAAGGUGGCAAAGUUCAUCUUGCCGCGCAACAGGCGAAGCAAGCCAAAAAGAAGAAACCGUUGGAAGCAGCCUCGAUACAAGAGGACGAAGCAGAUCUACCUAUGGAUGGCGACGACCUUUUGGUUCCCAUUUCAAAAACAAAACGGCCGGCUCUUUCACCUGUUGAAACCGAACUUGCCCCUGUAUUCGAACACUUCUUGGAGGUAUGGGCCUUCUUCAAUGUCUUUAAUGAAAUUCUUAUUCUCGAUGCUUUCACUCUGGACGACUUUAGAGAUGCGCUACUUCAUCAAGGUCCUUCAGAGCUGGUGAAUGAGCUCUACUGCUCACUAAUCGUGGCUCUGAAACAAGGCGAUGAAUCUCCGCUCGAUGCGGUGAUCAGCCCACCCGAUGAAGCUUUAAACACUGCCGACGGAGACGUUGACGAAAUUGCUACCAAACAACCUGAUGUGCUUGAGGCGGCUAGAGAAGAUCUCGUCUAUGCAACAGGGCAGUGGCGUGACAAAUUGGCAAAGCAGGCUUUGCACGAAGACGGCUUCAUUGAAAUUUUGGUGGGCUUAUGCUGUGAACUCUCACGAGCAGACCCAAAUGCAGCGUGUGGCAAAAUCGUCAGAGAGCUUGCUGCUUCCGAUGGCGAAUUACCCGACUGCUUUCGUUCACUCGCAUGUACACUCAAGGUUGAGCUUCUGUACAUCUUGAUUGACCUACUCUUGCAAACACCCCUAAUUCGAGAUUACAUGGAGGAGUGCAGCAGAAACCUGACCAAGGUACGCAAAGAGCGUGUUGAGGCCAAUAGGAUCAAGCGCAGCCUCAUGGACGACAUUUAUAAACUCCGCCUCGGCAUGCGCGCCCAGUAUCCCCUCAAAAAGUCGGCGGCAGGUGCUGAAGCAGCCGCAGCCAUCCUCGAUAGCAGAUUCAAUGGUGGCUCUUCCAAUCAACGCAUGGCUGCUUCUGUUGCCAGUGAAGAGUUAUCGGACGAAGAGAUGGGCGACAACUUUGAUACGGCCUCGGUUGACAGUGAGGAGUCUGCAAUUCGUACUACACGACGGGGAGCCAAGCGUCCGAACGGCUCCAAGCUUAAGAAUGAAAUUCUGGUUGACGACUCUGACUCGUCGUUGUCUGAUCUCGACGAGGAUAAGAGCGAAGCACAUAAUGAAACAAAGCAAUACUCAUCUCGCGCUGAAUACGAGUUGGACAUUACCAAAAUUCAACGCAAGGUCGCGCGCCAGAACACAAAGCUCGCAACGUUGGAUGCUGAUUUUCGCGAGUCCGACAUGCAGCGUUUGAAGCAGCUCGGCCAAGACCGAUUCAACAACACCUAUUGGUUCCUGGAGGCUGUCGGUAUGCCUUACAAGGGCAUGCCUUCCCAAAGUACAUCACACGCUGGCUAUGCCGCUGGUCGUGUCUUUGUUCAAGGACCAGAUCCAUUUGCAACCGCAUUCAUGGCAAGCAUCUUGCCUGCUGAAGCGUUGCAUUCGCGGAAGCAGCAAGAAUUGCCUGCAUCGGAUGUAGGCCUGCUGCAGUCAACGAGUGACUGGGCGUACUACGAUCAACCCGAGCAGCUCGAGAAGCUGCACAGCUGGCUGUUCACUCAGGGGAACAGGGAGACGAAACUGCGACAAGCAUUGGAGUCACGUUACGAAAUCAUCGCCGAGAGCAUGGAAGCGCGCACCCAGUACUUGAUUGGCAGACCGGAUCAAAUCGCAGAGAGGCGUUCGCUCAGACAUGCGACAGAGCAGGAUGAGAAUGCCCCGCGCUUCUUUGUCUGGCGCAACACCAUGGCACUCAAUAUUCUUGGGCGCUCCCAUUCCGACCCCCUUGUACAAAAAGGAAAGGCAGUGACAAGAAAGCGACAGCGCUGA